AAGGCUCAAAGGCAAGACACAAACCAAACGGUUGAGUGCGCAGCAGGCGAGCGAUCGAGCGGCGGCGGCGAUGGCGUCGACGAGCAUGGUGCUCACGCUGCUCGGCUUCUGCGGCAGCGUCCUCUUCAUCCUCUUCGUCUGCACCCGCCUCGCCUGCUCCCUCCUCCGCCGCCACCGCCGCCCCCGCUUCCCUCCCUCCUUCCUCCCCUCCUCCCUCUACGUCCUCGACCCUCCCGCUCCCGCCCCCGCUUCCGCACUCCACCCCACCGCCGUCGCCGCCUUCCCCACCCGCGCCUUCUCCUCGUCCGCCGCCGCCGCCGCCCAGUGUGUCAUCUGUCUUGCAGAUUAUGAAGAGAAAGACGUACUUCGUAUUCUUCCGUCCUGUGGCCACGAUUUUCAUGUGGCCUGCAUAGAUAUUUGGUUGAUGCAGCACUCAACAUGCCCGGUUUGUAGAAUUUCGUUGUGUGACUUCCCUGAUAGCAAACACAAGAUUUCUCAUCUACCAAGCACAGUGAUAAUACCUCCAUGUUCUCCUGAACCAUCAAGAUCAGAUCAAUGCAAUUGCCUGUUUGUCGGCACGGGGCAUUCACCAAGGACAUCACAGGUUCUUAUAAAUGAACCUGACCAGGCGAAUCAGACAUUGUAUGGUCCAUCUGUGGAAGGGGGGAACAGCUUGCCGCCAUCUGAAGUUAAUCCUCCUGGUGAAAAUAACAACCAAAGUAUGAAAAAGCACGUGGAAAAUGCUCGUCUUCAGGACAGAUCAUGAUCUACCCAGCUAAGAUCCUGCAAGUGGCUGCUUGAAGUUUUCUUUUGUGCCGCCUGCUGUCUUCAGGGUAAACUACAUGUAAAAUUAUUAGAAACGUCAAUACAGGCGGAUUCAUGGAUAGCAGUUAUAGGUUACUUAUGUAAAUAUGAGAAAAUGUUCAGGUUUCUUGUUAGAAAACACAUUUAUUUGUUAAUCAUAUUCAAUGGCUCAUUG